AUGGUUAAUGUGUCUUUGUCGUCGUCUUUGUCGUCGACACCGCACAAGAAAAAGAGACCCAUAACAUCAAUGGCCCCGCUGACAACCAACUUUCUCAUUGUUUUUUUGGCAUUGAUGGUUCUGGCUUGCCUGUGGGUGAAUUUGAUGUUUUCGAUUCCCCUGUCGGGCUCGCCUCCGCUCACAGCAGAUUGCAACGGCAGUUCCAAGCGUCGCACUUCGGAAAUUCGUGGCUUGUCUUCACAGCAGCCUCUUCUAGCCUAUAACGGGAGCUCGAUGGCAACGGUCAUGGGCAUGGCUACAGGGUACGACUUGGCUGUUUACAAGCAGUUUAUUGGUUCACUUCGUAGGACUGGAUACAGCGGAAAUAUUAUUUUGGUAAUUUCACCAGAUCCAGCACCUGGUGUAGAGGAUUACCUUUCUAGCAACGGGGUAGUAAUGAAACGGCUUCAGAAAGUGGAAUGCGACACCCAAAUUAUUGCCAACCAAGAGAACGCUGCUUAUGCUAAUUCUCACCAAAAGGAGGUCAUGACGUGUGCGCACCCCUAUCCUAACUUGAAGGUACGAUGGGGUCGCUUUCCAAUUUUGCGGGACCACCUAGAAGCUUGCUCGACAUGCACAGGCCCUGUUUUAGUUACAGAUGUCCGGGAUGCAUUUUUUCAGCAAGAUCCAUUUGGAGAAGGAGCACCUAUGAUCACCGGAUUACAAGUCUUUGAGGAAUUUAAAUUUCAGCGCACCACACAUUGGUUGGUCAAAACACCGGUUUCAAAAUGCAGGGGAAUUGAAAUCGACGAAACUAUGCUGUGUUCGGGAACCACUAUCGGCACGCGCACGGCGAUGCUAGACUAUUUGGAAACAAUGCAUCUUGAGAUGGUAGAUUGGAUGAAAGAUCCCAAAUGCUGUUGUAACCCCAUCAAUGGGGACGACCAAUCUAUACAUAACUAUCUGUUCUAUACAGGACGAUUCUCCGAUGCUCAAGCCAUCAAAAAUCGCAUGGGCAUUGUUCAUACUGUUGGUCACCAGGCUACAUUGAUUUUCCGAGCCCAUGAGGCCUCAUUAGCAAGAGACUUCCCGCAAAAUUACACCAAAGACAUGGCAUACAAGAUUCCACUAUCUGCAACCAGUUCAGACCAGAGCAAAUCCUGGUUGGGAAUCGAGUAUGACUUGGUGGACAAAGACGGUUACUUUUUGAAUUAUGACGGAAGCCGAUCUCGGGUCGUCCAUCAAUAUGACCGCUUCCGAUCGCAAAUUAAGAAGUGGCUCAAAGCAAACAUUGGUGACAAGUGA